UGGUGCAUCAACAUAUACCCGGCUCCUCCCGUACGUAAGCUGAGGCCCUUCAGAGUGUCCGAGGGCACUUGCUCGUCUACUCGUCUUGCUUGGGAAUUAUUGUGCGAGUAUGCACACGCGCAGCCCUGCAUGCAUCUGCCAACAAUUAGAAGGAGACACUCGCUAUCUCGCUCCCACCUUCUGUCAUCAGCUUCUCUUGCUUUACGGGCGAUAGGCACUCAAUCGCAUCGACUGCACCGUAGACUGCCACUAUAUCGCUUCUCGUCUUGCCCGGCUCUCGCCAAUCUAUCAUUGCGUCUUGAGUCUCGACUCACCACCCGGCACAUGGUUCUCGUUACUCUUGCCGUCUCCAUGUCGCUCAUACAUUGCUCAGCUACACUGUUACACUGCAAAUAUCAACGGCGCUCGAAUACAUUUCAUGAUCUGGUAGCGCUAACCCACAUGUGUAGACAGACGUGAGUCGCCCUGGGCAUGGGAGGGGUUGGUCUGCCGAUGCUUUGACCCUCCCUGACAGAGUACUUCCACGCGAAUCCACUUCAGAUCAUCUCUUCUCCGGUCUGCGCAAUUCCUCAACUCAAAUAUCUGUGUGGGCUGGUCUAUGGUCUGACAGUCUUGUAGGUAUGAUGCGUCCGUAGCUCCUGCACUUC